CAGUUUUCUCUGUUUUGAACCCGAAAAAAAAAAUUGAGUCAUGCUGAAAUGUUUUUCAUUUCUCAGACACCAUGGGAACACUUUGAAGAAAGUUCCUUGAAACCCUCAAGAACAUGUCUGAUUCACUCUCUCUCAUCAUAAGUUAAAUCUGAUUCGGUUGUUGAAUCUCAGUUCCGUUCGAGGAACAUUCCAUCUUUAAUGCCUACUCAGCAAGUUCAAUCCUUGAGAGUUUUCGUGGCGACAUGGAACGUGGGAGGGAAAUCUCCGCACGCAGGGAUCGCUUUGGACGGUCUUCUUCACGCCCGGGAUGAAUUCGAUGUUUACGUUUUAGGGUUUCAGGAGAUUGUUCCAUUGAAUGCAGGAAACGUUCUCGUGAUCGAAGACAACGAGCCAGCGGCCAAAUGGCUCGCUCUGAUCAAUCAAGCUCUGAACAAUCCCUCGAACGGGACGGGCUCCAAGAUUCUGAAACUGAAUCCCUCUUUCGGUGCCGGUUCAAUGUUCUUCGCGAAGCCCUCGUUGAAGAGAAUCAGCGAGAGUUUCAGAACUGAGUGCAGGAGAAAACUGAAGAUGUGUAAUUGCUCGGUAGCCGAGCUCGAGAGAAAGUACGGGAGAGAAUCUUGUUUCAGAUGCCCGGAAUCUAUGGUUAACCUAAGCGGAUUCCCGUCUGAUGAAGAAGAGGGGGAGGAAGACGAUGACGAAAGAGGGGUUGCUUCUUUGGCAAGAAACCAGACGAUGAAGUACAGUCUUGUGGCAUCUAAGCGAAUGGUGGGAAUAUUUCUGACCGUGUGGAUGAGAAAGGAGCUCGUUCCUCACGUUAGCCAUCUCAGAAUCUCCAGCGUCACUCGCGGGAUCAUGGGUUGCUUGGGAAACAAGGGUUGCAUAGCGGUGAGCAUGCUGAUGUAUAAGACAAGCUUUUGCUUCAUAUGCACUCAUCUGGCGUCGGGCGAGAGAGAAGGAGACGAGCGUAGAAGAAACUCAGACGUAAUCGAAAUCCUCAGGAACACGGCCUUCCCUAGAAUCUGCAGAACGCCCUUCACUCGUGUUCCCGACAGAAUCACCAAGCACGAUCGGAUCAUAUGGUUAGGGGACUUGAACUAUAGAAUCGCUCUGAGCUACUACGAAACACGAAAUCUUCUCGAGAAGAACGCAUGGGACGCUCUUCUCGACAAAGAUCAGCUCAAGAUCGAACGAGAAGCAGGAAGAGUGUUCAAAGGAUGGCAAGAAGGCAAGAUAUACUUCGCUCCGACUUACAAGUAUUCCUACAACUCUGACUCUUAUGCUGGAGAGACUAACAAAGAGAAGAACAAGAGAAGAACUCCGGCCUGGUGUGAUCGGAUUCUCUGGCGCGGGAACGGCAUCCAACAGCUCUCGUAUUCCAGAGGCGAGUCCCGGUUCUCGGAUCACAGGCCCGUUACCGCCUCGUUUCUCGUCGAUGUGAAGAUCUGCUGCGAGGGGUAAAAUCGGAAUUCUGGAAUGCUUUGAACCCAGGAAACGUCAACACAGCUUCAUACAUUACAGUAGUUGGAAUUGGUUGGUUUUAACUUUCAACCCUCAGGGUUGCUGUUUUUUUACAAAAAAUGCCAUUCGAAACCUUUGGAGUUGUUUAGAGUUUUUCUUCUGCAUGGGCCGACCAAAACAAGAUUCUCGGCAAUUCUUCCGGUUCGGUCAAGUUGAUAAGAAGAAAAGUUAGCGAUGACCGUUGGUCAUGCAAUUUCGUUUUUUCAAA